AUGGCCGUGGAAACGAGGGUAGCUAUUCGCGAGCUGGAUCUCACUGCCUGCCAUGCCAACACGCUAUCCGACAAGAUCAACUCCGUUCCAGGUCUGAGGACGAGCACAGCCUUCUUCACCUUCCUCCGUGCCAACCUCGUCUUGGACCACUCCGCCCUAUCAUCAUGCGCCAACACACCCACCCUGGAAGCCACCUCACCGUCCCACGCGCCGUCCUCCCUCGUGGGCCCUGGCCGCGUCCUGUCCUCCGCAUCGUCGUCGUCGUCGUCGUCGUCAUCGUCGUCUUCCCCCCUGUCCGACGCUCCGCUGGCAUGCCUCGACGACAUCCCCCCCCUGUCUCUCGAACCGCUCGAGACCCCCGAGGACCGUUCCGAGGGCAUGCGCCUCGUGGCCGACUCCGUAGCCCAGAUGAGGAACCGGGCCGCCCGGUCCGUGGCCACCCAUCCGCUGUGCUUGGCCGGUCUGGGCCUCGGUCUCGCGGCCGUGUACCGCUUCGCCGCGAGCUCCUCGUCCUGCUCCUCCCCCGCCUCCUCGUCGGGCAGGAUCGGCCUUCUCCUGGCCUGCGGCCUCGUGGCCUCGUACGUCCUCGCCAUCCGCCACCUCACCGCCGGCUACCUCGGUCUGGCCCGCCAGUUCGACCCGGAGGCGCAGGACCCCGUCGCCGGCUGGCUGCGCUGCGCCCCGCCCUCGGCCGCCCCCGUCGGCGGCGACAUCGUCCUCGGCGCGCGGUCCACGCGCGACAACAGCCUCGUCGGAGCCCUCGUCCUCCGCCUGCAGCCCAGCCCGGCCGCCUCCGGUCCGUCCACCGGCGGACACGCCCGCAAGAGGAGCCGCGGCGGCGCCGCCUCCUUCCGCGGCGGGAGGGGCAUCAUCCGCGCCUGGACUACCCGCCUCGGUUUCCGUCGUCAGGGCGCCGGCACAGAGCUCCUCCAGUCCGCCGUCCGCCUGACAAAGGACAGGUGCGGCCGGGACGCCGACGUCGGCUUUGCCAUGGAGCACGCUAACAGCACCAUGCUCCUGCCUGCCAUGUUCAACUCCAUCUUCCGCAAGGACGAGAUCCGCGCGGCCAAGGCCCUCGAUGCUGCCGUCAGCGACUGGGAGAUGAGCAGGAAGAAGAGAUAG